AAGGAAACUUAUAUGCUCCCCCCCGUCGGUGGUGUGGAUCGAGUAAUCCUGUUCGUGGCUACAGCGAGCGAAUACUUUCUCCAUCAUUUAGUGGAGGCCUCGCACCAAGUGUGGCAUACGUUGGCCCUUCGUCCAUCCGAUCAGCAAGCAAGAACCAAACGACUUCCACGAUUUUCUCUUAAAGUGUGCAAGAAUCUUAAUCUCGAGAGGACUGUACACAAAGCUUUCCGAAAAGAGGUUCUCGUCUUUAUCUUUGUUUCACGACAAAUCAACAAGAUCUGUACAUUCCGAUCUCGGUGGUGCGAUUACCAUGAUGGAGCCAUCGGGUUGUGCUACGGUCUGGCUCCGCAACAUGGUGUAGAACUUAUCCUCUGGGAGCAAGAUCGCGGAGUCGAUGCUAUCUGGUAGACCCCUGUGUCUGCCGAGAAACAUGACCAGGAUGAGCAAGAGCUUGCCAACAACGCCCCAUUUGCCCGAGAAGCUGUACGGGACGUCCGUGCAUGGCGCCGAAUCGAUCCUCAGGCUGCAGCUGUAGCCCAGCGUCAGCCCGACAUUGCCGUACGCGCUGCAAGUUCGAUCAAAUCAGAAACUCGUGAGCUUGAUCAGAGGAGAGAUGAUGAUUUUGUAACUUAGAUGAUAACUUGUAUGAAUUUCGAAGUUUUAGAGAUUUUGUCUUGCAA